UAAAGGAUGCGUGAAGAAAGCGCCUGUGCCCUAUAAAGCAGAUAGAAAGAGACUGAGCUGGUAUAGCUACUGCUAAAAGGAAACCCGCCUUCGAGGCUCGAGUGUCUUGAAAAUCAGCGCCUCGGUAUAUCUCGGGAUCGAGGAAACGUGAGGCUUUUUCUCGGUGCAAAGAACCCGUCCUCCAUUCCGACCGGCUGUCGAAAAAGGACAUUUUCCAAGUUACUAGAGAUUGUGAAACGUACCUUCGUCUGAAAUAUAUUUUGAUAUUGUGUGAGUGAGGAGAUCCAUUAUAUUGUGACAACAUGGAAGUUGAUUCAAAGAAUACCGGUACUGAAGCUGUGAGACUGAAGAAGGAUAUUUCUUUGCUACAUGGAGUUUGCUUGAUAGUUGGAAAUAUGAUUGGAUCUGGCAUUUUUGUUUCUCCCAAAGGAGUUUUGUUAUUCACUGGUUCAUAUGGUAUGUCGUUAAUUAUCUGGGCAGUGGGAGGAAUCUUCUCUGUGAUUGGAGCGCUGUGCUAUGCAGAACUUGGAACGACGAUAAAGAAAUCAGGAGCAAGCUACUCAUACAUUUUGGAGUCCUUUGGAGGUUUUCUGGCAUUCCUGCGUCUCUGGACGUCUCUUCUGAUUGUUGAACCAGCAUGCCAAGCAGUUAUUGCUAUCACUUUUGCCAAUUACCUCAUCCAGCCAUUCUUUCCUUCCUGCGAGCCACCUUACUCCUCCGUGCGAUUGUUGGCUGCCUGCUGUAUAGUACUGCUGACAAUGGUGAACUGUGGCAGAGUGACAUGGGGAGCUUCUCUGCAAGUGAUAUCCACUUUUGCAAAGGUGAUUGCCUUGAUCAUCAUCAUCGUGGCUGGCCUGAUAAAACUGUGUCAAGGAGAAACGGAUAAGUUCCAAAAUUCCUUUGAGGGCUCCAAGCUAAAUGGUGGAGAUAUGGCUCUUGCUCUGUACUCAGCAUUAUAUUCCUACUCCGGUUGGGACACGCUGAACUUUGUGACUGAGGAGAUAGAUAACCCUGAAAGAAACCUGCCUUUAGCUAUUGCUAUUUCAAUGCCUCUUGUAACAGUUAUCUACCUUCUGACAAACGUGGCUUACUACACAGUCCUGGACAUUCCCACCAUCCUCCACAGUGAUGCUGUGGCUGUGACUUUUGCAGAGGUUGUUUUGGGUUACGUGAAAUGGCUCAUACCAUUGUCUGUGGCAAUAUCCUGUUACGGUGGCCUGAACUCUUCAAUCAUUGCAGCGUCCCGGCUUUACUUUGUUGCUUCAAGGGAAGGUCACCUACCAAAUUUUCUGUGCAUGAUCCAUGUUUUUAGAUGCACCCCGAUCCCAGCCUUGUGCUUUAAUGGAGGGAUGGCUUUAAUCUAUCUCUGCAUUGAAGAUAUUUACACGCUCAUCAAUUACUUCAGCUUUAACUACUGGCUCUUCAUUGGCCUCUCUGUUGCCAGCCAGAUAUACCUGAGAUGGAAGUUCCCAGAUCUACCAAGACCAGUGAAGCUCAGCUUGAUUUUCCCGAUUAUCUACUGCAUGUGCAGCUUGUUUCUGGUGGUGACUCCUCUCUUCAGCGACACCAUAAACUCCCUGGUUGGAAUUGCAGUCGCACUCUCUGGAGCUCCAGUCUACUUCUUUUGUGUUUAUCUCCCACCUGAAAAGCAACCCAAGUGCUUAGAAAAGCUGUUACGUAUCAUUUCUUUGUACGCGCAGAAGUUGGCUCUGUGCUGUCUAACAGAAAAUGAGUUUGAAGAGAAAGAUGUUUAACAAGAAACAACCAAAGAACUGUCCAGAACUGUGGCACCAGAAGUUGUUUACACAAAUGCCAAUCUUUCACACUAUUAAAACUUUGAAUCCUGCCUUCUUGAUUAUCAAAAUGCUGGAGUCUCCUCUAUUUUCAAAGGAUUGAAUAUUUCUCUUUUAGAAAAACAGUGUUAAUUUUAAAAAGAUGCAUUAUUUUCCUGCUUCCUUUUAAAAAUAAUAGUUUUGUUGCAAAUGUUGGUGCUUGUGUUUGUCAAUGCCCACUUUCAUUCUGUGAUGGAGAGUGUUAAUUUAGGUAACUUUCUGCUCUCUUUUGAGCCAUUGUGACAUGUCGCAGGAGAUGUUUUUAAUUUAUUAACUUCCUGUGAUGUGGAUGUUGUCAGCAUGUAUUGCUCAAAGUCUUACUGCCAGUGAGAAGGUGGUGAUGACCCCCCCCCCCCCACCCCCUUCUGGUGAAAGUACUCCCACAAGGCUGUUGGGGAGCAAGUUCCAGAUUUAGACCCAGAAGUGAUAAAGGACCAGCGCUAUAUUUCCAAGUUCACCUCCAAGGUAGAUGUUCAUCCACCUUGCCAAUUGUCAUGUAUAGAUUCCAUGGAGGACAACAUGAUCUGUUGUCAUAAGCUCUGGUAUAACCGCUCCUGCACUUUUUAACAUUGCACUCCUUGUCUAACAUUGAGCUCCUUCAGUUUAUUUUGUAGCAACUCCCUUAAGUACUAUCAUUACUAAUUCAAGAAUCCCUUAGAAAUUCACUUAUUUUUUUACAGAAAGGCAAACUCAUGGCAAGCAGUUUUCCUUGUUCAAGAUGCAUGAUUUUUCCCAUGAAGAAAUUAAGCCUGGAGUGAAUCUUUCCAGGUGCUGACACUGCAUCAAUCCCCACCACAACCUCCUGAAACCUUUGUUGUGUAAUUGCCUCUGUUAGAAGUGCCAGAGCAGAUAAUUUAUGAAAUAGCAGAAAAAUUUGGUCAGUCAACAUUCAAUCAAUCAAAUUCCAGAGAACUAGAAGUCCAUAACUAUGAUGUGUUUAAUGCAUUCCAAUUAAAUGUGCAAUUCUGUUUUGUUAAUAAUUGAAGAAACAAUAGAAAAAUCUGUGGAAAAAAUAGAAAAAGAUUUUAAGGUUAAAAUUUGUAAGCAAAAUUAAAUGUUUUAAAAUUCUGCCACAUACAAGGGUUUGAUCCUGUUUUUACCUUUAACAUGUACAUGUAGACUUGCCAGCAGGAUUCACUGGAGCUAAUGAGAUAAGGAAGGUUUGUUGCCUUUUUCUUGGUUGUGUAGACUGACAAUGGUUGGUUAAUUUUACAGUUAAUUAUGCACAGUUACUGGGGUUAAAUUGAAGAACAUAAAUAUGUGUAGAACCAUCAUCCUUCACUAACUGGAAUCUGUUGUUAUUAUCUGGCUUUAGUUGGGGAAAGAUUACAUUAGUUUGUUUGAUUGAACUUUCUUUCACCCAUUCUUUAAAUAGAGUGCUUUCUAAGUAAAUCAUGUCUAUUAGCAGUACUGUUGCUAUUUUCUGUGAGUCUGAACUCCUUUCCUGACACAGCCAUGUUUCUUCAAUAGAGGGACUUUUUUUCAGCUCUGUUCCAGUGACAAUCAGCACGACAAGGGCCUGCUGAUGUUGUACUAUGACGAUACCUAUUUAUUGUCACAUCAUAACAAAAUAUACAAAUACUAUUUGUCACAUCCAACUUUGCAUAUGAUGUUCAGAUGUCCUUUGCAAACAAAGCCCAAGUAGCAAUGGACUACUUCAGCCUAGUUUAGUGAGCCUUGACUCUUGAACCUCAGAUUUAUUGACUCAUAAACAAGAUGAGCAAUUACAUAAUUCCUUGAGGACGUUGUUGCUAUGUUUCUCUAAGCUGUUCACAGAUUUGUGCAUCUGCUAUGAUGUUCAUGCCGCAGAUAUUCAGCCUGCUAUUCAGUAUGAAUUCUUACUCCUGGAGAGUUAUGCCAAGAAGUCUUUGGACCAGGCAGGCUGUCACAUUGCAAAUGCGCAGCUGACGUACAGUGGAGAAAUAACUAUCAUCUAUUUUGUUAUUGAGGUAUUGCUGUGAUACACUACCUGUUUCCCCCCGCCCCCUUCCCCAGUCACUCCACUACUCUCUACACUACCUCUAAUUCCCGUAGAAGUAGUGAUGUUGGAAGAUGGCAUUGGUGGUUGUCCCGUUGAUGCCACCUCGGUUAAAUCAAGAUUUUGGUUUCACAGAGCAACUUUCAUGAUACUUGUCUCACUGUAAGUUCAAUUAAACCACAAGGUCUUUGAAGAUGGUUUGAUUCACCUGCCCUAUCAACAGCAGUAAGGUAGGGAAGACCGGGAGUAUUAAGUCUGAUUUCAUUGGCUUCUGGUCAAUUAGGAUAUCUCUCAGCUGAUGACAAGCUGCACACAUACUAACAUAUGUUUGGGGGAUUGAGUGUAACUGGUGUUUACAAUAUACAGCAGGGAUUCCUAACUUGGUUGUAGGUAACUUUGCAUGGUCUCUCUUGUAUUCUACUUUAUCCAAAAUCUAAUGCGUAAAUCAUUUGCAGUUUAUAAGGUUCAAACACUGGUUGGAAACUUAUUGCCUGUAAUUGUCUUAUUGUUUGUUAUAAAGUUGUAUUUUUUGUAAAGUCUUACCAGUUUAUGGAUGAUUAUAAAAUGUUUUUGAUGA